AGCCGAGCUCAGGGCUUUAAAUCCCGGAUAACGUUCUCAGAGUUAAUACAGGCUCCUGAGUUCCGGUCGCGUUAACGGUGAAACCCGGGAGCAGCACGAGACUUCCCGAGACAUGUUGCGGUUGAGGUGCUCGGUAGCGGUAAAGGAGCUGCUCAGGGCGCGCCAGGGGCGUCCGGUGUUACUGCGCGGCGGCGAGACCUCACGAGCCGCUCGCCACACGGUCGCUCCGGUGACGGGCGCGCGCGCUCUCACCGGAGGAUGCCGACGGUACCUGUGCACGGGCGCCGGUCAACCGGGAAACGACAAGGAUGCAGCCAACGAGAAAAGAAGGAAGGCAGGAAUCCUACCCAGUCUGGAGGAUCUGCUCUUCUACACCAUCGCCGAGGGCCAAGAUAAAAUCCCAGCACACAAGUUUACUACGGCGUUAAAAUCGACAGGACUGCGUACAGGAGAUCCUCGUCUGAAGGAGUGUAUGGAGAUGCUGAAGAUCACACUGAAGAACUCGUCUGAUGGAUCUCUGGAUCGACACCACUUUAAAAAAUGUGUCCAGAGCAACAUUGUGCUGCUCACGCAGGCGUUCAGGAAGAAGUUUGUGAUUCCUGAUUUCCAGUCGUUCACGUCACACAUUGACGAGCUGUACGAGACCGCCAAGAAGCUCUCAGGAGGACAGGUGGCAGACUACAUCCCCCAGCUGGCCAAGUUCAGUCCUGAUUUCUGGGCCGUGUCUCUCUGUACUGUUGAUGGCCAGAGACACACGGUGGGUGACACCAAAGUGCCGUUCUGCCUGCAGUCGUGUGUGAAGCCGCUGAAAUACGCCAUCGCCGUGCAUGACCACGGCACCGAGUACGUGCACCGCUUCAUCGGGAAAGAACCCAGCGGACUGCGCUUCAACAAGCUGUUUCUCGACGAGGACGAUAAGCCGCACAAUCCGAUGGUGAACGCAGGAGCGAUAGUCUGCACCUCGCUCAUCAAGCAAGGAGCCAGCAACGCAGAGAAGUUCGACUACGUGAUGAACUUUUUGCAAAAGAUGUCAGGAAACGAGUACGUGGGCUUCAGCAACGCGACGUUUCAGUCUGAGAGGAUGUCUGGAGACAGAAACUUCGCCAUCGGCUACUACCUGAAAGAGAAGAAGUGUUUCCCAGAGGGAACGGAUAUGACCUCUAUCCUGGACUUCUACUUCCAGCUGUGUUCUAUAGAGGUGACGUGUGAGAGCGCCAGCGUGAUGGCGGCUACGUUGGCCAACGGAGGAUUCUGUCCGAUCACAGGCGAGCGCGUGCUGAACCCAGAGGCCGUGAGGAACACGCUGAGCCUCAUGCACUCCUGCGGCAUGUACGACUUCUCCGGCCAGUUCGCCUUCCAUGUGGGUUUACCAUCGAAGUCGGGCGUGGCAGGUGGUAUUUUGUUGGUGGUUCCCAACGUGAUGGGAAUCAUGUGCUGGUCUCCUCCUCUGGACAAACUGGGGAACAGCGUCCGCGGCAUCAAGUUCUGCACGGAUCUAGUGCAGCUGUGUAACUUCCACAACUAUGACAAUCUGCGGCACUUUGCUAAGAAGCUGGAUCCUCGGCGAGAGGGCGGAGACGAGCGGGUGAAAUCUGUUAUUAAUCUGCUGUUUGCUGCCUACACGGGGGACGUCUCUGCACUGAGGAGGUUUGCUCUGUCCUCCAUGGACAUGGAGCAGAGGGACUACGACUCCAGGACGGCGCUCCACGUGGCUGCAGCUGAAGGUCACUCUGAGGUUGUGCGCUUUCUUCUCGAGGCGUGUAAGGUGAACCCCGUUCCCCGAGACAGGUGGGGGAACACUCCCAUGGACGAGGCUGUUCACUUCGGUCAUCAUGACAUCGUGACCAUUCUGCAGGAUUAUCACAACAAUUACAGUCCUCAGGAGAGCGGCACCAACGGGGACAAGGAUACAGCGGAGAAGAACCUGGACGGCAUGCUCUGAGCGCGUGUGUGUGUGUGUGUGUGUGUGGGCCAAGUUUUAAUGUAUGGGUAUGUGGUAAUGUGUUUUUGUGCAGAAGUGUGCAUUUCUAUUGGAUCUCGUUAGACGUAUUGUGUGUGUGUGUGUGUGUGUAUGAGUGUGUGUCGCCCCACGUUGUGUCCCAGGGACGUGAUCUUAAGGUGAUGGCCCACAGGGUUGCCAGAUUGAUGCCAUGUCCAAAUCCAUUUCAUCACAAAGCACUAACUAUUCUUCUAAGCGCUGCUCUAAUUUCAUGACUGCUUAAUUAUGAAGAUUUGAAACACACCAAUCUGGCAACCCAAAUGUUUCAGGGUUGUUUCGCUUUUUUUUCAUGUUGUAUAAGUGUAAUGUUAGAUAUGCAGAAAUAUUCAGCGUCAGGUUGUUGUUGUUUUUAGAUAGAUAUAGAACGAAGAGGUUGGUUUAUUUAUUUUUUUUAAGAAACGAUAAAUCAGGUCUGUGCUAAUGGACGAGCUUUACUUCAAUUGUUUGUGGUUUCUUUUGCAUUUUUAAAGGAUUUUAAAAGGUUAAUGGUAUUCAUACGUGGCAGUAAUCACCAACACAGUAAAUCACAAUCAUUCGACGUAAACCCGAAAUGCUAAUACAUCUGGAACCUUUCACUGGUCGUCCAGUCAGUAAUGAAACGUUCUCUAGAUUCGUACGAUUAGUACAUGAUUUACCCUUCAUGCACACAAAGCCCCGCCCACCCUGACCUACACUGGUAGAAUUGGCACUGACCCAUGACAUCACUUUAAUGCCUUUUCGUUCGUUCAUUAUAACACAAUAAAAGCACGUAAGCAACCGGCCCGUGCUGAUUUAUUACAACGCUCGCGCGUUUAAUGCAAGAACCGUCUUGAGAUUUAGCAUUUAACCAGCACUCGUACAUAAACAAAACUUCAACGAAAAAUUUUAAUAAUUGAUUUUAGAAAGCUGUCGCGUUAGCCAGGUUGUGUUGUGCAAUAGACCAGGAGCAAUAUCGCUAAUUAGAGGGAGAAAAACGGUCCUGUUGUUUUCAGGUGCACUGUGUGUUUCAUUACCGGUUUUAGACUGAGCUGUGGGCGGAGUAAAGCAUGUCUUUCCUCAGCACCAUCGUACACUUACUUGACUUAAACCAUUAUUAUUAUUAUUAUAUAUCAUAUGCUACAGACUUUCCAGGUCAUUAGUACAGAUGUAUAAAUGAUCAAAAUCGCUUUUUGCACCUUUUCAAUUUUUUUGCGCUAAAAUGGACCAAAAUUAAGUGGAACUCUUGUGGAGAGGUUCUUUUUUUCUUA